AUGGAGCACAAUGCUCCUCCAAAACAGGGACUUGUACCAAAGUGUGCUGGUUCCCUAAUAACUACUCGCUACAUUCUGACUGCUGCUCACUGUAUUGACAAUGCAACAUAUUCGGACUUCGACCUGAGAAGUGUACGACUGGGCGAGCAUGACCUAUCCACUAAGAUUGAUUGCGUCACACUUCGUAAUGGAAAGCAGUUGUGCUCGCCCCAACAUGUGGAUAUCGAAGUGGACAAAGUUAUUAUGCACGAAGCGUACAAAAACACUACUUCUUAUGAGAACGACAUUGGCCUGGUUCGAGUCAUAUCUCCAGUAACUUUUACUGAUGUAAUUAAGCCGAUCUGUAUUCUGGAAAAUCACAUAUCCCUCGCAAACAGGAUCUUGCAAAUAGCCGGUUGGGGUCAAAAAGAAAACAAAGAAAAAACCCAAGUAUUGCUGCUUGCCGACAUUAAAGAAGAUAUACGUUAUUGUUGGGGUAAAAGUGGUUUCCUACCCCAGACCGAAAUAUGUGCCGGUGGCCAGAAAGGCGAGGAUACAUGCGUUGGCGAUUCCGGUGGUCCUUUGAUGGAUACCAGGGGAAGAGGCGACAAAGAAUAUGUGUAUGCCGCAGGCAUCACAUCCCAUGGAUAUGGUGACUGCGGAACGGCUCCAUCUGUCUACACAAAAACAGGAGUAUUUUACGAUUGGAUAAAGAACAAUUUAAGACCUUAA